GUUUACAAUUAGUCAUUUCAUUUUACCAGGUCUCGUGGACUAAUACAGUUGUGCGUUUUAUUUUUAAGGUUUAUUUUUUAUUUAGUUAAGAAGAUAUAUUUAAUGGAUUGUGCCAAUCAACACCAAUCGAUUGAUAUUAGCGAUCUCAGUGAUCUGCUGUACGAUCUGGUUGAUAUACAUGUUGAGGAAUCCACCAAUUUGGCUUUAGGGCGAGUGCUACAAUGUAUUUUUACGCUAGUGAGAAAUAAAAAUGUGAAUUUGGGUCAGAAAGUAUUCGAGAAACUUAUCGCUGCGAUGUUGGCCGCCUCUAAUGUAAAUGGUCAAAGUAAUUCAUCAAAGGAAUAUCGCCAGUUUGUGGCCAAUGUCUUGGCGUGUCUACAACUCCAAGUAAGAACAUUUCCCAGUAAAGAGAGCAACAUGUUGCUCCAACAUUUGUGGUCGCUCAGUCUGAAUACCGAAAAGCUGCAUCCUCUUGCACCACAAAUCCUCUUCACUCUGUUUGAUGACUUUAAUCGUAAUCUCGGACUUAAAGAGUGUCCUCAAUUGCUGAAGGUUAUUCAACAGCUGAUUUCAUCAAAUAAAAAUAAAGAACGCCAAGUAGCCUUCUUUCUUAUGCAUAAACUCAAGGAGACUUUCGAAUUGAAUAUUGUUGCAGAGGCCAUUAUGUGCUCCAAAAUGCAGUGGUCAGACUAUACUGCCGCACUGGAGCAUCUGGAGGAGCAGCAAAUGCCUUUAAACUUAAUUACUUUCCUGGAAAAUACAAAAUCUGUACAUGACUUUUUCCCUUGGCUUAGAAUUUUAUACCUCAGACUCCUUCAAUCUGAGAAUGUAUCAGUAUUAUAUGAAACCGUCAAAUAUAUUAUAAACCAAUUUAAUGUAUCCCAUUUGACUGAUUGGAAUAUAUUAGAAGAGUUUUUAAGGGCAACGAAUAGAACACAGUUGUACAAUGUGGAUGACGAUAAUCGGUCAUAUCCGUUCUUCAAAAACUUUGUCUCAAAAAGUACAUUGGAAAUAUUAGUCGAAGCCUUGGCUAGCGUUACUUGGGAAUGGCAUAGCCUUCCACUAUGGGAAUGGAUCGGAAGUAUACCAUCGGAAAAAGUCGGUCAAUUACCAUAUAUUAGUAAAGAGACACUUUUAAAACUUGCCUCUCGAAUAAGGGGCAUGGAAAAAUCAGAGCUGCAGUAUAUGGCUCAGGGAUUGAUUACAAAUCGAUUCGAGUCUAGUCUUGAUAAUAUGUCUCUGGGGGAUUAUUUACUGUUUAUUGAGACGAUGUACAGCAGAGCGAUAGAAUACUAUUCCGAUCAUGACCGAUUGAAACGAAAGAUAUUGAAUUGCGACAAAAUCGAAGCAGAAAUUACUCACUUCACAAAAGCUCGUUUGGCCAUAAUAUUCAAUUUGAAAACUCCAACAUUUUUGUAUUGUGAUUUUUUAAUGGUUUUCAUGGAUAAACUGCGAACAUUAUCAAAAGUUCAUCAUGGAUGGUUACGCUUUUUUCUAAUGCCUUGCAUCAAGCACUAUGGGAUUUUAGUUUUCUACUCCAAUGUGUACGGAGUAGAGACUUCAUUAAUAAAUCGCAGGAAAGAUCUGAAGAAAUUGCAACAACAUUUACUAGAGAAGCUUUUGUGUGAAACGGACGAAGAGAAAUCUCUUACGUUAGAGCUUUCUGUAGAUUUAUUUGUAACGAAUCAGAUAAAAGACUGGAACGAAAUUGAAAAACUGCAAUUAAAACCCUUGGAACUACUUGAGCAAGGGGGAAAGUUGACAUUUAAACAUUUAUGCUAUCUCCUGGGAACCACUCAUGAAAGACUAAAAGACGAAAAUGUGUUGCCAGCAGUUGUUGCACUACUAAAGAAGUUUCCGUGCUCAAAUACAGCGAGAAAUAUUGGAACAUACGCCGCAAAACAUUUGACGCCUGAAGAACAAAAUAGACUUUCUUUGGAUAUAAUUGAGAAUCAUUUUCAUGGUAACAAUGGAGAACAAUUUAUCACUUCUGUAGAUCUGCAAUCCGAUCAUGUGUAUGGUCAUAAAGGAGUAGUUGUUGGAAUAUUGGACUCAAAAGUUAAAGUGCCUUUACGCCAGGUUAUUCAAGGAAUUAUCCAUUGUUCUACACUCUCCGAGGAUGCUUGGAUUGAGGCAAACUACCUAGUUUUUUAUGGAUUUGGUUCGGUUUCGUCCUUGUUUAUGUCAUAUACAUUUGAACAGCCGGAAUCUUUUGUAAACGAAAUCGUUAAGGAGUUAUUGUACAUGAACAUGAAACUGUCGGAAUCCCAUUCAAACUAUUUAAGGAACUCUAAAGAGCACAGAGUUAAAUUUUGCAUUGCCCUAGCAUUGAUGUACCUAGGACCAAAGUAUGAAUGCUCAGAUAUGCUAUGGUCGGCAUUAUAUUCCAAAAAUGAUCAGUUCAAUAUUAUAUUGAUGUAUGAAGUUAUCGUUGCUGAAAGCCUCCGCAAUGCAGAUACACUUAUAGAGCGAUUGCAGUCACUAGUCACACUCGAGCCAAAUCAGCAAUUGUCCCUACUUUCUGUGACCAAUAUAUUUCUAAAACUUAAAUGGAAUACACUAAAAGAUUAUCAAAUUCAAAAGAUAAUUGAAAUAUUUCUUAUGCUAGCCAUUCAAGAAAUUUCUCAAGUCCGUCAAUUUGCCAAAAUGAUUUUAUGUAAAAUAACUGAAAUCUGCAAAGAUAAAGGAUUUUGUAUUCCCAUAGUUAAUACUCUGAUGAGCUCUAUUAAUGUAAAUUUUCAGUCGAUCGUGCCACAAUUAGAAGUACGUUAUUUAUUACCUGAUAUACAUUUCGAACCGUACCUACGGGGUUGGGAAUUAAAUAUGUCAAACAUAAAACCAGUUUAUUUGAAAGAUUAUGCCAUCUUGCACAUUAGUAAAUUUCGAAAAGCUGUGAAACUUGCAUCCAUGGAGAAUUGUCCAGCGAAAGAGCAAUGUGCAAAUAUAGAUCCAAUAACCGACAUAUAUCCCAAGCCAGAUCUUGUGCCACAUCAAUUAACAGAUAAUAAUAAUGCCGAUCUUGUUGUGAUUGCUAGCCUUAUUGAUAACCUGGCUACUUUAAAUGGCUUGAUGGAAACCUGUAAGGUACUUGGUAUUCGGACAUUGAUUGUGAACGACUCAACAAAAUGGAGUCCAUCGAGUGAGCAUACAUUAGACAUUGUGCAACUAAAUGGGAAAUCACUUGACAAAUAUUUGUAUGACAAAAAGAUGGACAAUUAUCAAGUAGUUUUUACUCAAAACACCGCUCAAAAUACAGACUAUGUGGACUUAAGUUUUGCGAAGAGAACUAUAUUGAUAUUGAGUGAACAUCAACAUAAUUUACCGGAAAAUCUGAGGUAUAUCUCAGAUCAGAUUGUUGAGAUACCGGAAAAAAACCCUCAAUAUUCACAAAAAUUGUUGAUUUUUAAAUAUUACAAACAAUAUUUGGCACAGCAAGAAAAUUUAUUAUUUUAAAAAUUCAAGGAAACUUUUUUUUAUCACUUUAAGCAAAUCAAACUAACUUAUUUUAAAAUUUUCACAUAUUUGGAUAUCAAUUCGGAAAAAUAAAAACAAAAACAAAUUUUCUUCUUUAGUAGUCUUGUUAACAAAAAAUG